UAAGAAGUUCUGUUUUGAAAAUGUUGGCGGGUUUCCAGAUCUUGGUUCAGGAUACAAUACACGGACGAAUUCACAAGAUAAAAUGUGUAUAGACUAAAUACCCAAUAGUAUUUGAGGGAAAAAUAAUGUCUUGCUGCUGUUUGAUAGCUAUGGAGUGGGAAAAGAUGUCAUUGCACUUAAACCAAGUGAUUUGAGUUUUAUUUUUUCCGGAGGAGUCUUUACUUCAACGUAUUUCUUCCAAUGCAUAUUGCAUUUACAGAAAGAUUAGAAGACAGUGUGAAAUACUUCUAUCACGCUAAUGAUAGCAACAUUUAAGUAAAUGUUAAAUUCACAUACCAAAGUAGUUGAUAUUUUGAGAAGAGGAAAUUCCAUUAUUGCACCUUUUAGGCACAAGGAACUGGAAAAUGGCAUUUUUCAAAAGUUUUCAACAGAAUCUGCCUUCAGUGUCCUCCCUGGUGGACACAAUCAGUAGUGCUGUAGAAGAUUUGAGCACUGCAGUUGGGGAAGUCAGCUAUGCCAUAAGCGACUCAGUUGCCGAGCAGGUAGCAAGUAUGAUGCAUGGCUUUUGCCCAGAGGAGGGAAGCUGCACAGCAGAAGAGGCUACAGGGUCUUCUAAAGCCCAAAAUGCAGUAUUGCAGGAUACCUCCAGAAAUACUGCUUGUCAGAAAACACGGUCUGAUUUAGAUCACAAGGCAAAGCAAAUAACCUGCCACAACACUUCAACUUCACAAAAACAAGAACAAGAAAUAGAUGAACAGGGGUUGUAUAUUCAUGAUGGGCAGUGGGCAAACUCAGAAUACCAAGAAACUGGAGAGGCUGGUGGUGCUGCUUUGAAAGGCCUCAUGAGUGAUGGGAUAUCAGCUGUCAAGCAGAAAAUGAGGCCUGCACCCACUUGCCAUGAACUGGAACAGACUGACAAAUGUGAAAUAUCUGGAAUAGGAAUCUCUGGGAAUGGUAAAAGUCAUUUAAACAAGGUAAGUUAUCAAGAAGUGAAAGGGAGUCUGAGCACCAAUGGACGGAACAUCCUCUCUGUGCAGAAGUGUGUGGUCACAGACAGCUCCAAAGCCAGAUUGCAGCACGUACCUAUGGGAAGAGAACAAGAGAAAUUGGGGAAUGUCACUAAAAGUAAACAUCCCAGUGAUUUAGAGCAUUCUGAUCAUUUAGAAAAGGCUAAAAAACAUAAUAAACAUGAUGGAUUUAAAGGGAAUGAGUGCUCAGGAGAUGAGUGUUCUCCAGAAGAUACCACGAGAAACAACAGAUACAGGGCACAGAAAUCCAUUGUGAAGGAAGACACAUGUUCAGCUCCAUCAACAAAUUGUAAAAACAUGUUUCCCAGGAAAAUCAAGGAAAAAAUAAAUCCAACAAAAUACUACAAAGUGAAAGGAGACAUGAAAGCAAAGAAAAACGAGGCUAAUUCUUCUAAGAGAGGAACAGCAAAGAGUAAAGUUGGCAAAUACUCUAAGAUAUUACCAGAAAAAGAUAAUUCUUACAUGGACAGAGAUGAGCCUGGUUCAUCCUCUGAAAGUGAAGAUGAAGCACUGGGUAAAUAUCACGAGGCCUUAUCCAGAACACACAAUUCCAGGUGGCCAUUGGUAGAUUCUAGACAAAAGAGCUAUGCCUGGGAAACAAGGCAGAAGUACAGCCCCCUGUCUGCAGAGUACGAUGGGUACAGCACUGAGGCAUCCAUGGAGGACGGAAACUGCAUUCAGAGAAUGAGGAGGACACCUCCGUUGGAUGAGCUGCAGCCGCCGCCUUACCAAGAUGACAGCGGUUCUCCUCACCUCUCAUGCACACCUUCCGAAAUUGGGGAUGCCAAGUGUGAGAUUUCCCACUGCAGCAAUAGCCCAAGGUGUUCUUUCAACAAGUGCCCUAGUGAAGGAAGCACGGGUCAUGAGGCUGAGAGCUAUCACAAUAAAGGAUAUGAAGAUGAUGUACCUAGUGACAGCACAGCAGUCCUUAGCCCUGAAGACAUGUCAGCUCAAGGAUCCUCCUCACAGCUUCCUAAACCUUUUGAUCCAGAGCCAGAAGCUAAAUAUGGCACAUUGGAUGUGACUUUCGACUAUGACUCUGAAAGACAGAAGCUCCUGGUAACGGUGACAGCUGUCACAGACAUUCCAACAUAUAACAGGACAGGUGGCAACUCAUGGCAGGUACACCUUGUUCUUCUACCUAUAAAAAAACAGAGAGCCAAAACCAGCAUCCAGAGAGGACCAUGCCCUGUCUUCACAGAAACAUUCAAAUUUAACCACGUUGAAUCCGAGAUGAUUGGAAACUAUGCAGUUAGGUUUAGACUAUAUGGUGUCCAUCGCAUGAAGAAAGAAAAGAUUGUGGGGGAAAAGAUUUUUUAUUUAACAAAGUUGAAUCUUCAAGGGAAAAUGUCGUUACCGGUGAUACUGGAACCUUCAUACAAUCCUUCUGGCUGUGACUCUCAGGUGAGCUUGUCUGAGGCAUCCUGUGGUGACAGUACAUCCUCCUGUCAGUCUCUUCAACAUGGCUCUGUUCCAGAAAUCCUCAUUGGGCUCCUUUACAAUGCCACCACUGGAAGACUAUCGGCAGAAGUGAUCAAAGGCAGCCACUUCAAAAACCUGGCAGCAAACAGACCACCCAAUGGACUGUUCUGUUGUCUAAAACACUUGAUAGGUGGACAGGUUUAUAUAAUCCGAGAUACAUAUGUUAAGUUAACACUGCUGAAUUCCAUGGGCCAAGAGAUGUCCAAAUGCAAGACAUCCACCCACAGAGGGCAGCCAAAUCCGGUGUACAAGGAAACUUUUGUUUUUCAAGUGGCCUUGUUUCAGCUUUCUGACGUGACUCUGAUACUGUCUGUGUAUAACAGGCGGAGCAUGAAAAGGAAGGAGAUGAUAGGCUGGAUUUCCUUAGGUCUGAACAGCUCUGGGGAGGAGGAGCUCAGACACUGGACUGCAAUGAAGGAGUCGAAGGGACAGCAAGUGUGCAGGUGGCAUGCACUGCUGGAGUCCUGAGGAAGUCGGAAGAUGGCUGCAAGCCCAGCACUGCCUCAGAGGAGCCGUUCCCUGGAGAGUCCUCUUCAACACCCUACCACAACGCUUCACAUCAGCGAGAGACCGUCCAGUGCUGCCUGAGGGGAAGGAAGCUUUGUCUCUGGUAGAGCGAGCUCACAUGAGAAACCAAGAAACUUGUGUCCUUAAUGUUCAGCAGCCCUCCAGAAAUUGAAUUGCAUACUCUUUAUUUGAACUUGAUUUUCUUAGUGAAAGAGCUAGGAAUUCCAUGGAGGUUGUGGCUUUAAACCAGAGUUUCCAUUGCAGCACUACAUAUCAUCACCCACAUGCUGUCCAUGAGGCAUUCCUAUGGCCAGUCCUUGGGUGGAUCUCAGUGAGCACUCCUGUCUCAAGGUGAAAGAAAGCUCACUCACACUAAUGAUACUUUCAUUUCAGAUAUGCUCUCUCUGUGCCUCAGCCUUCAUAGUACUAAGACAAGUGCAAAAUUCCCUGAAGGGUAGUUUAAGGUUGGUUUGUUUGACAUUUGUUUCUUUACCUCCUUUGUUUUUUCUGAUCCAAAGAGACCAUGUCAUUAUGGUCCCUUGCAAACCUUUAUGGCUGUACUGCAGAACUUCAUAACUUUACGUUCAAGCCCUUUAUGUACCGUGUGUUCCAGAGUAGAAAAUGGUAAGAGCAGAGCUGUCAUUUGGAAUUGCUUUCAGUGGUCAGUCUUUACAGCUGUGCAAUGCAGCAGACACAGUAGAGAGCUGUUGAAAUUGGAAGACAACUCUAGUUAAAAGGAAUCUUGAUUAUCUGUUCCAAGAAUCUAGUCUCCAACAGGAGUAAAACAGGUACCAUUCAAAACAGAAUAUCCUGGAGUCCUUCCUCACUCACUCCCAUUUCUUUGUGGCUCUCAGUUUUAUUCUACUUAAAAUCACUCUGAGAUCCCUUGUGCUCCAGUGACUUGUGCUGUGCCUGUAAUGUCUUCAGCAUGACGUCACCCUGUGCCUUCCAUGCAAGUUGACCUUGCUUACACUGCUGGGAAGCCAUAGUUGUGGGUUUGGCCUUCAGCACUCAUAGGUAUGAAGCUCCUUGGCAGUCCCAUGGCCUUGCCCUACUCUACAGGAAGCAGGGCCAUGUACUGUGCUGGCCUCCACACUGCAAGCGUUUCCCUGUCGUGUUUUCAUAUUUAGAAACUACAGGUCAACUGGAAAUAGUGUAAGCUAUUUUCUUUUUAAUUUUCUUUUUUAACAAAAUUUUAUGCAUAUACUCUAAUAGAGUCCGUUUUGUAUACAUGAAAAUAGUUUCCUUUUGCUCUUUCUCAUUUCUAGUUAAACUAGACAAAAGCAUACUAUUUACCAAUUAGUGAAAAGCUCUAUCUCGGUUCCAACCCCAGCUGAGCGCUUUGGACUGUUACUGUGAACUAGAACUCAUCAGUACAAACUAGCAGAGUCGUGUCGUGCACGGACUUACUAAAAUGUGGCAGUGCUGAGAGGCCUUAAAGAGUCCAAAAGACCGUGAACUUCUAUAAUUUUAGCUUAAAAGAAGGCAACUUUAUACUUUCAAGCUCAGCAUUUUAAGGAAAAGAAAAUGCAAGUAAGAUGCACAGAGUUAGUUUUAAAAUGGAAGUUUCAGAGCCCAGCAAAGUGGCUCAUCCCUGUAAUCCUAGCACUUGGGAGUCUGAGGCAGGAGGAUUGCUGUGAUCUUAAGGCUAGCCUGGGCUACAUAGUUCCAGGCCUUUCUGGGCUACAGAGUGAUAACUGUACCACCAAAAUAUUAUGUUACAAAGUUACAUUUAAAAAAAAGAAAAGAAAAAUCAUCCUUCUAUCCUUCCAUUAGUGAACUUCUCAGAAUUGCUUUGUUAUAAAGUGAGUUUGGUUAGAAAUUAAAACAUGAACAAAAAGCAAAAUAGUUGUUUUUUUUUUUUUAAGUGUUAUUGAAGAACAGAGUGAGGCAAAAUGUGAACAGGAUAUAGGUUACACUGAAAAUUGGGUACAGGCAUUUGAUGCUCCAAUGAGCCUUCACUGGCUUUGAAACAACCGCCUGCAUGGCUAACAGCUGCUGUCUUCCUAAUAAAGUCUCUGGUCUAUUUUGCAACAAAGCUCAAUUGGACAUUAUAAGACCAACCUGGUGCUUUCACUGUGAUGAGAGAAAAAUCUGUUAUUUGUUAAACCUCCUUCCUACAGAGUGGACCCAGAACUCUGUAUACUCCCAAAGAUCCUCAGGGGUAUCUGGCAUGGUGUAAGUAUCACUUCAUAUAUGGCCUGGAAAUCGAUUCAGUCUUCUUUAACAUUGGGAAAAGCCCCCCCUAUCCCAUUUGCCAAGUCCUCAAUGAUUAUAAAUUAUGUAUGUGCAUAUAACUACACAUGUAGCAUGCUGUGCACAUGUAAAGGUGAGGCUGUCCUGCCUUUUCACAUAACUGACUAGAAAGGCAUUUCCACUGAUCGUGGAUUGCUGCUUUUCUUCUCUGUGUAACUUCUAAAUGUGAUACUAGGUUUGUAGCCAAAUGCUGCCACUCUGCUGCAUAUAAAGCAAGUAUACAACUUAUUCUCUCCUGUGCUUUAACACAAAUACUUUUCCAAAUUAUCUGGGCCACAGAUGUUAACUUGGGAACUUGAAAAUGACAGUCUACACCCUUAUUAUUCUGCUAAAGUCAAAUGAAAUGUCCAGAUUCCACAACCGACUGGUAUAUGGUUAUUCAAGAGCCUAGUUUCUGAACUUUCCUGACGCAGUUUGUUGAUCACUGUCCAGAAGUGCAGUAUUGUCCAGCCUUUCAGAAGCUUCUGCAUCUUGGUGCCUGAAUACUAGCCACCUUCUGUUUGAAAUACACUUGCAUAUCAUCUCACUGCACAUUGAUGAGUUUUCAGUAGCAUUGUUCUCACUGACAAAAGUAGCUAUCAGGCCAUGUUUAAAGAAACAGAAAAUACUUAAGCUGCCUGGAUACCUAUGCUGUCAUUGCAAAGUUGGGCCCUGGCAGGGAGUCUGAUCUGAUCUGUGCAAAACCCAGCUCUGUCUGCUAAAUCACUGCUGCUUCCACAAACUGGGAGUAUAGCCAGGGCCUGGGAAUGCGAAUGCAUCAGUAGGGAAGUAGAGACAGUCUAGGAUUUUCUCGGCAACAAGGAAUACAAAUGGUAUCACAAUUUUAUGAAGGGACUAAGAGAUAGGUGAGCUGUUUGAAGUGGUAUAAGCCCAGUGGUCACCAGCUUUUUUUUUUUAAUUCUUGAUCAGGUAUUAAUAGAAAUAACACAAAGUUCAUUUGCAUAAAGCUACUAUUUACCUCCAUAGACUGAAGAAUUCCAUAGGAAAAGAAUCACAUUGCUAGUUGUUCUUCACAGGUUCUUUUUCUUACUUUCUUUAUAAGCCAAGAUUCUUCUCUUCAUCUGUCAAUUGCACGUGGCCAUCAGUAUCAUUGUUGCCAGCCAAUGAUACUAAAACAAGAUGAGGCAUGUGGUAAAGCACCUUAAAGCCACAGGCUGUACCCUCCACACUGACAGUACUGAUGAUGGUUACAGCCGUAACUUAGUAAAGCGCUAACACAAGAAUGUACUGUCUUAUGUGACUCACAAAAUAUGAAGAGGCAAGUAACACCAUCAGUGUUUUAUUCAUGAGGAAGUUGCUGCAUGGAGAAGCUGAGCUGACCCCCUAAGGCUGCCCCCUCUUAAGAAAACCCAGUAGAACUGGGAUUGCUCCAAAUCCACUCAUGCGCAUUGUAUCUUAACCCAGUUUAUUACGGGUGAGAGGAACAGCAUCAUAUUGGGCAAUUCCUGCCCAGCUUAUCUGAAUGGCAGAGAGAGGCCCAAGAGAACAGAGCUGGGAAAGAGAGAAGACAGUGCAGGGGGCUUGCCUUCUCAGGACACAAACCAUACUUCGGUAUCAUAGUUUGUAUUUUUAUUUAAGGACUUGGGAUCUGUUUGUUGUGUCUACACUGUACUUAGAUUCUGAAGAUAUAUUAACUCACGGUAUUUCCAUUGCCUGUGUACACCUUUCUAUGCUGUGAAAUGACGGGAUGUCUGAUAACCUAUACUUGUGUCAGGGGUCAGAGGAGAGAACGUUGCCUUCCUGAGCACACUUACCCAAGUUUGUUUAUAUUUCUUUUGUUAAAGUUUGCUAAUAUUAGACAAGAUUCCCACCUACCCUCUUUCCCUUCAUUGUUAGUGAUUACUACGUCCUAGAGUCUUUAUGAGCCCUUUGGCGAAUAGGAGGCACACAGCAAAUGCUGAUGAGUAAAGUCUCUAUGGUAGAAUCAACACUACCAUUGUGAAAGUCUUCUGUGAACCUUGUCUACUGAGUAGGUUUCCUUUUCUCCUAACGUAUAUGUAUGAGGACCCCAGCUGUGUGCCAUGUGCUGCUGAAGAGGCUACAGGUUGGAUGGGCAGUCUUCCCUCAUCUUGUAUUUUGAUGUACUGAGACAGCAUCGGGUGGUGUCUUUCAUUGUAAUAUAUGAGGUGUAGAGAGAGGCAUGUGCAGGGCAUUGGGGUUGAGUAGGAAAGUUACAUGGUGAGUUCUAUUAGAAGACAAGAAAAAAAAAUACUGUUUUGACUCCCAUCAAACUCCCCUUUAUUAAACACAGACAGUGGCUCCCAAGUUGUAAUAUACCUAAGAAUUCUGUCCAGGUUCUAGCCAGAGAUUCUGUUUCAUUUGGUAUAGAGGAAAGUCUGAGGGUCUAGAUCUGAAUGAGUUCCCCAGGAAAUCCUAGCUGGGCAGUACUGGGAAAUAAUACUUUUGUUUCUUAUCUGCAAUUGUUGGCAGCAGAUUCUGUGCCCAUAGAUUAAGUCUUGAUGUGGUGGUAGGAAGGUUUGUAGUCUCUGGGUAUCUAUGAGGAAGCAAGCCUCUAUCACAUUCUCUCCUUCCGAUCUCUCUCAGGUUGCUUAACACAAUUUCCAAAACUAUAAAACCGAAGUUUUAUAAAGUCAGAGGAAGGCCUUUUUAAAGGUGAGGAUGACAUUUUGGCAGCUUUGUUGGAUAAAUACUGAGGAUAUUAAUAUGUCCCAUAAUGCACCAACAUUUGUUUGCCGGGGGAAAUGAGGACAAUUUUGACAAGUGUACUGACACUGUACUCAAGUGUUAUGAGUGAUUAUUUCAAGCACAGCUAGACAUGUGUGGUGAUACUUCCAAAUAAUUUGAGUUUACCAAGAGAAAAACUGUAGUAGUAACGUAUUUUAUAAUUUAAUUUUUUGUGUUUAUACAUAGUUAUACUACAAUAACUUUAGCGAAAACAAUAUAGCAAUUCUGAGGAACUUUAGAGCUGAUAUGAAGGUGAUAGCCUUUGCCUGAGCUGGCAGUGCUGGCCAUGUCCCAGAAACUUGGCUAGACUUAUACCCGAAUUCCGAAAUAAGCAAGUAUAUCGGCUCUGUUUCUCAGCGCUGGAGCUACGAUCUGUUUAGUCUGAUAAGUGUUGUGAUCUAGUCUUUUUCUAAGACCCAAGAGGUUCGUCACUACUCUGGGGCAUUGCUUCUCAAAAAUAAUGUACUUUUUAUAGGAAAACUCAAUCAGUGGAUCUUUUUAUUCGGUAUUCCUUCUCUUCCUCCCCCAGCCCCUCCUCUCUUCCUUUCUUUGAGUUUUUGAGGCAAGAAGCUUCCUGAAUAGUCUAGUUUCUACGGAGCUUUCGUACUUAUUUUUCUAAUAAUAGGUGUAGCUGAGUGAUGAUGUUUAACUGCUCUGUGAGCAGAAUUCUCAACCAACCUGAAGAGACGUGCUGCCCAUGGGUGUUUCCUUUGGUCUCAACUGUGUCUGACCUGUUUGAUAGUGACUUUCACCCAUGAAUGGACUUUGCUCAUGUGCAUAGUAUGUCCAUGUACAUAGUAUGUCCAUGUGGUCAUCAGCAGUGCUGUGUUGUUAUCACAUAUUUAUAUGCACUUGGUCAAAACAGAAGCUGAUGAGUGUGUGAGCCAUCAUUUUGUAGAGUGAACGGCUGAACCCCCUUUGUGUCGUUGGAGUCACGCUGCGCGUCUGUUGCCUUUAAACUCUCAUACCUUCUUUUGUACUCUACACCGACUGUCGCGGUGCCUUUUUCCUUUUGUAUAAUUGUAUUACAUUAAAAAAUUGCUGACCUGUGUGUAAAAUGUUAAAACUACACCAGUCCAAGGAGAUUUUAAUGGCAGUCCAGUUUUCCAGAGAAUAAAUUUUUGUGUGCAUUAAAUGUUACGUUUCUUCACAUUUAUGUGAAAACAAAAAUUGUUUCCAUUUUAGUACUCAGUGGAGUGGAUAAACAUCCAGCAUGUUAGAUGAUGAUUCAUAAAACUCAGCCCUAAUUCAAACUGGCAAAAAAGUGUUACUAUGACUGUUAUACACAAUGGGCCAAUGUCACUUACAUACAGAAAUAAUCAAGUGGGUCUGUUUGUUCCCAGGAUCAUGUCUGAAAAGAGUCACAUGUGCUGUCAAACUAUCUGGAUCAUGUUUUCUUCACCACGAGUCAGAUCUAACCUCAAAAGAAAAAAUAGACUCCAGGCAAACACUUUUAAUGACUCCUUGAAAAGUUCAUAUAAAUCAAGAGUGGAAAAAGUUGCUUUAACAGGCUGAGCCCUUAGCUGGAAUGUGGCAUCGAUCCCAUUACCCAACUUUCUCUUUUCUUGGCAUGAGCCUGUCCUUAUCGUCCUUGGAUCCCAGUUUAACAAGACCUUUUUCUAAAGACAAUAGUAUAAAGUCUAUUGUCUACCAAAGAUCUUGAAUUUAGGUUCUUUCAUGUCCCAUUACCUUGUCUGUUUGUUUCCAGCCAGUAACAACCAGUUUCACAAAUACAUAAGCGUCUGGUGCUUUAGUCUGACAGAAGUUCAGCAAGCUACUUCACCUUAGGUCCAACUUUGAACCUUGAGUUCCAGCAACUAAGUAGCCUUUGUUUUCUCUUUGCUUUUUUCUUUGGCUUUUGACACAGCACCUACUUGGUCUAGUUUCCAGUCUUUCUUUCUUUUGGUUUGUUUGUUUGUUUGUUUGUUUGUUUGUUUUAAUAAGGAGUUGUUGCUGCUAAACACAAUGAAAAUGCAUUUUUGCUCAAAAUAAAUGUAUCCAUAAUGUGAUCUCCAGCCACAGGAAAGUAGUUUGUAUCCUUUCCUCGAGUCCACUGGUUAAUUCUCCCACUCCAAGGAUUUGCUUACUUAUCUGUGUUCAAAAAAAAAAAGUUUCUGAAUUCUAAGCGAUGCUCAAUUAGGGAUGAUUUGUUACUUAUUUGGUACUUGGUAAAAUUUUUCAUAUGAGUCAUGACUUCCUAUUUUCAAAGAAUUACAAUAUAUUAAGGGUGAAAUUCCAGCAGAAAAACAACACUUCUGGAGUUUUGCUAGAAAGUUGGUAAGUUAUCAUUUUCUGCUACUAAAAGAUUCAUUUACUAUCAUAAAAUGUUAUUCUGAGGGUUACAUUUUAGUUGCAAGUUGCUUGUACCUCCUUUGAUCUUCAGCAUGCCAAACAAAAUUUUAAGUCAACUCUUCAUUCCCAAAAUUAUCCUAUUUCCAUAAUGUUUCUUAUUUGAAAAUAGAAUUGUUGCCAAUUUUAAAUUUUAAGACCUUAGAAAAAUGUGAAAUAUUUGUUUGGAUGUUGCAUGAUGAUGAAUUAUGAAAGUACAGAUCACUAAAUGUGGAGUCCUUAAAUGCCAGACAAAGGGGGACAAAUAACAGUCAUGAAUCGGUUCAACAGGCUGGAUGUCUGAGAAAGUCAGUUUCAUGAUUUUAUCAUGGUAUGGAAAAAUCUCAGAAGUCCUAUGUGUCUGUAGCCAUUUUAUGUGAAAUAUAUAAAGUUCUUACUGCUCUGCAGCACUGCAAGCCAUUGAUUUUGUCACUCUUCUAGAUUUUAGUCAUUGCAAUAGGUGAGUAUCUCUCAAUAAUAACGUGCAGUUUCCUGCUAGUGAUGCACAGAGGGGU